CCCCUCCCGCCCCCCACACACUGGGCCCUAGAGGAGCCCCCGCUGCCGCCCUCCCUCCCUACGCAGCCCCCGCGAUGGACAGGAACUACCCGACCUCCGGCUUCGCCGGCCCGCUGCCGCCGCCUCCCGCGCCCCCGGUCGCCCCCGCCGCCUCCCGCGCCGCCGCACCACCCCUCGCCCCCGUCUGGGCCUACGAACCCCGAGCCGCGGCCGCCGCCGCCAGCAGCUGCAGCAGCCCCAGCCUCAAGGCCAGUUUAAGCUAUGAAGAAAGACAUCCCUCACACUCUGAAACAGAUCUUCAGAGACAGCCUUUUGCAGGCUCUCUUCAGCUUCCUGGAUAUGCAGCGACCACACCUCAGCCAACUGGUCUUUCUGGAAUAUUUGAUACUAGUGUGAACAGUGCCAGCACUAACACUAAAGAAUCUUCAGUGAUGAAUUUCCUCUCUGAUGUUGAAUCCCGAACUGCUCAGGCUGCUGCUUCAGGAACUACUCUUUUACCACAAUUCAGGGCUCCAUCCUGGCAGACAGGUAUGCAUUCCUCAGCAUCAGCUGAGCUGUUUGUUGCUGGACAUUUGCCAACCACUGGAACACUUCCACCCUCUGCCCUCUCUGCUUAUCAACAUCCCACCACCUUCAGCAAUAGAAACUUUGCUACCACCUCACCUUUGGUGCUUCAGGAUUCAACUUUUAACACUACAUCAAAUGGAAUUUUAAAUCCUCAUGACCCUUUGCUACAAAUCAAGACUUCCCAGGGAACUGUUCCAACUGCUUUGGCAUUUGAGCGUCUGGGCAGUUCGGCAUUAAAUAACAGCAUACCACCUCAGUCUUCAACAUACCGCUCUGCUCAAGAAUCUGCACCCCAUCUUUUACAACCUCAAUUUAGUUUGUUGCCUUCAGCACUUGGGGGAGCCCAGCAAACUCCUCAAGCCUACAGUUCAACUGUCUUUACUAGUUCUACUGCUUCCAUUGAAAGAGCUCUUCUUCGAGAAUGUAGUGUUAUUAAACACCAUCAGCGGCCUUCAGGUACCCAGCCUAUUCAGGCUCAACUGACUGGUUCACAGCAUUCCUUACAUAGUUAUCUAUCAAGUGCAAGUGUAGUUAAUUUUCAGGAAACAAGCAGGCAGUCAUCUUUAUCCUGUAGCCCAGUUGGAGAUUCUACUCAGGUGAGCAAUGGAGGGUUGCAACAGAAGACCUCUCAGGUCUCAGUGGAACUUGCUCAGUCUUACUCAUCUGCAAUUCCAUCAUCAGGGUAUCCUCCUACUACAAAAGUAAAAAGUUGUUCCACAAAACAACCACUAACAUCAGCUAAGACCCCCAAACCUCAAAGUAUAAUUCCUCCUGUGCAAACACUAAGCUAUUCCAAACCUUUACAUAACCAGAGUUCUGUAAUAUCGGGCCAAGCACAAAUUUAUUCUACAGCACAGCUACCAAGCCUUUUAUCAGUUAGUCAGUCCCAGAAUUAUGGUUUAGUACAGCCACAUAAUGUGCCAUCUAUUGUACAUUCACAGGUUUAUAGAUCAAGCAAAGUUGAGAAGUUGCCAUCCUUACAUAAACCUUUGACUUUCUCUGGGUCAUCUGAGACUAUAACUUCUGAGAGUCAGACACUUACUUAUUCUUCUAAUCAGCAAGAGUUAUUAUCUUCAGUUACAAGUGACAAUUACCCUGCUCAAACAAGAGAUCUCGCUUCAGCUAGCCAGUCUCAAAGUUACUCAUCUGGUCGCUCUCAGGGUUUAUCACCUGUUAGCCAGACACAGGUUAGUUACUCAUCUCAAUCACAAAUUUUGUCAGUUGUUAGUCCUUCAGAAAGCUAUGCUUCAGGGCAGCCCCUAACAUUGACAGCCCCUUCUCUUUCUUAUUCUUCUGCCUCGCGGGCUCAGAAUUUGCCAGAGUCUAGCCCAACCCAGAAUUACAUUUCUAUGCAUUCUUCCCAAAAUGUUCAGACUCAAGGAUCAUCGUCUCCCCAGUCCCAAAAGUUUUUGCCUGCUGUCCAGUCAUCAUCUUUUGCAUCCUCUCCUCAUUGUCAGACAUUACAGAAUAACAUACCUUCCCCUGAUCCAAAGUCUUACGCUGAAAGAAAACUUGACUCAAAUGUGUAUACAUCUUCCAAGGAAGAAGAUGAUUUUCCAAUGCAAGAGUUACAGGUAUUACAGCCACAAGUAUCUCUUGAGUCAUCAACCCAAAGGCUGUCUGAUGGGGAAAUUAAUGUUCAAGAAUCUACAUAUAAGGUAUCAAAGGCAGAUGACAGAUAUUCUCAGAGUAUAAUCAGAAGUAAUUCCCAUCUUGAAGAUCAAGUUGUUGGGAUUGCUCUACAAGGGUCAAAAAAAGAAGAAAGCUUGGUUGGUUCAGUGACACAAAUUAACCAACAAAUUGGCCAAGUCAAUAAUGUGGCAACCCUUGAUACUAAGAAGGCAACUAAUUUAAUACAAACUCCACAAAUAAGGCUGAAUACUAAAGAUCUAGACCAGCAGCAUUCCCUUAUACAUAAGAUACCUGAGGCCAAGAUCCAGGAGCAACAUGAUCAAAUAGUUAAUGCUUCAUCGCAGAUUCAAAUUCCAAAUCAAGCUUUAGGGCAUGACCAUCAGGCAUCUCUUCCUAAUACACAGGUCCUUUUAGAUUCUGCUUGUGAUUUACAAAUUCUUCAGCAGUCAAUACUACACGCAGGUUUAGGACAAGUAAAGGCACCUUUACAAGUGCAGCGUGUCCAGAGUCCUCAACAAAUAGUACAUCCUUUCCUUCAAAUGGAUGGCCAAAUUAUUCAGAGCAAUGGUAACCAUCCUCAGCAGCUCCAUCCUCAGAAUUCUGAAAUUAUGAAAAUGGACCUCUCUGAGUCUUCAAAAUCAUUACAGCAUCUAACAACAAAAGGCCAUUUUAGUGAAACAAAUCAACAUGAUUCAAAGAAUCAUUUUGUUUCUCUUGGAUCAAUAUGUUUCCCAGAGGCAAUGCUUCUCAGUGAUGAAAGAAAUAUUCUAUCAAAUGUAGAUGAUAUCUUAGCAGCUACAGCAGCAGCUUGUGGGGUUACACCUUCUGAUUUUUCCAAGUCAACUUCAAAUGAAACCAUUCCAGCUGUUGAAGAUGGUGAUUCUAAGUCUCAUUUUCAGCAGACAUUAGAUGUCAGGCAUGUGACUUCAGAUUUUAACUCCAUAACAGCUACAGUAGGAAAAUCACAGAAUCUAAGUGACAUUUCCUUAAAUGGAAGCCAUAUUACCAUGAACCUUUCACCAGUACCUACCCUUCAGUCAAAAAUGACUCUUGAUCAACAGCAUAUUGAAACUUUGGGUCAAAAUAAAGUGUCUAAAGUAACUUCACCAAAGGUUGGACCAAGUCAUGAAGUCCAGGAGCAAAGUUCUGGCCCAUUCAAGAAGCAGUCUGCUACCAAUCAUGAAUCUGAAGAAGACGGCGAAGUUCCUGUUGAUAGUACAUUAAGUAAUAACAGAAACCAAGAGUUUGUUUCUAGCAGUAGGAGUGUAAGUGGAGAGAGUGCUGCAUCGGAGAGUGAGCUCGCCUUCGGGGUUGACGAUAGUGGUGUGUGUGUGAACCCGAGUACGAGCGCACUUGCAUUGUUGGUCAUGGCCCAGCCUGGAGAGACAGUCAAUGUCAAGGUUGAAGAAGAAAACCAAGAUUUUAUGCAUUGUAACCUCCAGAAGAAAAAAACUGGGAAAGGGCACACUAAAGAGGAAGACAACAGUAAUCAGAAACAGCUAAAAAGACCUGCCCAAGGCAAACGCCAGAAUCCAAAGGGAGCAGAUACAAAUUUACCGUAUACUCCUCCUUCCUCAGAGAGCUGCCAUGACGGCUAUCAGCAUCAAGAAAAAAUGAGACAGAAGAUCAAAGAAGUAGAGGAAAAGCAGCCGGAAGUGAAAACAGGAUUUAUUGCCUCUUUCUUAGAUUUUCUGAAAUCUGGGCCCAAGCAGCAGUUUUCCACUCUUGCUGUAAGAAUGCCUAAUAGGACUAGACGACCAGGGACCCAGGCUGUGCGUACAUUUUGCCCCCCACCACUUCCAAAGGCUUUAUCCACAGCAGCCACACCUUUAGUGUCUGAAAUGGGGGGUAACAGCCCAUCAGAAAAAGUUGAUAAUGAACUUAAAAACUUGGAACAUUUAUCUUCGUUUUCUUCUGAUGAUGAAGAUCCUGGAGUAUGCAGUUAUGAUAUUUAUAAAAGUACCUCUAAUACCUUAGCUACUUUGGAUGCUACUUCUGAUAAAAAGAAGAAAACAGAAGUCCUACAGGUGGCAACUACUAGCCCAACUACCAAUACUACUGGUACUUCUACUUCCUCCACCACUGUGGGUACAGUUAAGCAAGAACCUUUCUACACUACUUCACCUGCAGUAAAUACCCUGGAAAACAUAAGCUCAACACAUCCCCCGAAGCCCUUCGAACAAGGUGGUCUUCCUUCAGACCAGUUUGCAAAAGGACAGAGCACUGUUGCCAUACAAGGUUUCACAGAUGAGGAGAACACAGAAAGCGGAGGAGAAGGCCAAUACAAAGAACGUGAUGAAUUUGUGAUAAAGAUAGAAGACAUAGAGACGUUUAAGGAGGCUUUAAAAACAGGAAAAGAACCCCCAGCUAUUUGGAAAGUACAAAAAGCUUUAUUACAGAAGUUUGUUCCUGAAAUUCGAGAUGGGCUAAGAGAAUUUGCUGCUACAAAUAGUUACCUUGGAUAUUUUGGAGAUGCAAAGAGUAAAUAUAAAAAGAUAUAUGUGAAGUUCAUUGAAAAUACAAACAAAAAGGAAUAUGUUAGAGUGUGUUCCAAAAAGCCAAGAACUAAGCCUUCACAGACUAUCAGAACUGUUCAGGCCAAACCAAGUAGCAGCAGUAAAACGUCUGAUCCUCCACCACCAAAAACUGCAAACCCAAAAGCCCCUUCCACAAAACCUAAAGUUAAACAGCUGAAAGUAAAGGCUGAGCCGCCACCAAAGAAACGGAAAAAAUGGAAAGAAGAAUUGUCAUCAUCCCAGUCUGACUCAUGUCCUGAGGUCCAUUCUAGUAGCAGCGAUGAUGAGGCAUUUGAUCCUCCAACUCCAUUUGUCACUCGUUUUUUGAACACAAGAGCAAUGAAGGAAACCUUUAAGAGCUACAUGGAACUGCUUGUUAGCAUUGCUUUGGACCCUGAUACAAUGCAAGCCUUAGAGAAGAGCAAUGAUGAGCUACUUUUGCCUCAUAUGAAAAAGAUAGAUAGUAUGCUGAAUGAUAACCGCAAGAGACUUCUUCUGAAUCUUCAUUUGGAUCAGUCAUUCAAGAAUGCUUUGGAAAGUUUUCCUGAACUAACAAUAAUUACUCGAGACUCUAAAGCAAAAAAUGGGGGAUCUGCUAUUUCUAAAAUCAAAAUGAAUGGCAAAGCUUAUAAUAAGAAAACUCUAAGGACUUCUAAAACAACCACUAAAUCUGCACAAGAGUUUGCUGUUGAUCCAGAGAAAGUACAGUUGUAUUCUUUGUAUCAUUCACUCCAUCAUUAUAAAUACCAUGUUUAUCUGAUAUGUAAAGAUGAGAUUUCUUCUGUGCAGAAAAAAAAUGAAGAUUUAGGACAAGAAGAAAUUGUUCAACUUUGUAUGAAAAAUGUAAAAUGGGUGGAAGACCUAUUUGAAAAAUUUGGAGAACUUCUAAAUCAUGUACAGCAGAAAUGUUCCUAAUAUUUCCACAAAAACCCCAUCUAUUUUAAGGCACUAAUGAAAUGGUGGAGAGGAAUGGCCAAAGAGGGUCUAGGGCCUCAUAUAAUCAUGUGUCAAGCAGUGGUCUCCUGUGGACAUCCCUGCUUUGACCAUGGAACUUGCAUUAUGACCUCUGCUGAGGAACAGUGGUGCUGUGCUGCCAAGGAAGUCAGUCCUUUGGGAACAGAUCUGUAUCCCACCACGUUUUUAUCCUAAUGAAUGAUUUUUCUAUUUUGUAAACCAUUGGAUAACUGAGUUUUAUUUUCAGAAAUGUUUUUUGACAAAUGAUGAAGCAUGCACUAAGUAUAAUUUUUCUUUAUUGUUAGAGAGAUAACACUUCAGUAACUUGAUUAUUUUUUUCUGAUUCUGACUAAACACCAGAAUUAAAGAGAGGUGGCAGAGGUAUAUGUUUAUAUUCAUGUCUGGCCACAAAAUGGAAAGUAUUGUACAUUAUGUAAACAGAUCUGGUGUGAUGUGACAUUUUGUAUGAGAAUAUCAUCAAUUUAAAAUAGAAAAUUCAGAACCUGCAUUCUGCUUUAUGAACUCCUUUUACUCUGAACAUGUUCAGGAAACUGGAUGUGGAAUUGGUGCAAUUCUGUGACUGCUUUUUGUGUCAAAUUAUAUUGUGAUGAAAAAAACAAUGAACAUGCUAUUUUCCCUAUCUCAAAGAAAAGUAUUUUCCUUUAUACUGUUUUACCUUUGGAAAAUUUUUCAAUUGUACAUUUGAUUUCACUAAUAGGUGUAUUUUUCACAAGGAAAUGUUGUGGUUACGUUUGAUGUUAUCUGUACUACACUUUUCAUUAUUUUCAGUAAAUCUUAUUUAGUUAUAUAUUGAAUUUCUAUUGUGAAUUCUAUCUUGAGGUAACCAUUUUUGUUUAUUCAGAUUCGCUUCAGUGUUACCCAGAAUAUGCAUUCAUUUCUAGAAUUAGUUUAGCUUUAUAAAUGGGGUUGUGUUAGACACUGCAGUAAUUUUCUAAUUCAUGAAAAUUAAUUUUCUGAGAAACAAGCACUUGAUUAACUGAUAUGUCAAAAUAAAAAUUAACCACGUGUAUUUUGAUGAAUAAAGUGUGUAAUUAGAUGAUAUGCAGUGUUAAACACAAGUUUACUUAAUUCUUAGAACUGGAAAUGGUAGAGCUCUCCGUUUGGUGCCUUUCCAACCUUUAUACAUGCUAUUGUAGCUUUCUUUAGUUUGAUAGCUAGUGUUUCAAGUAGUUUAGCUGAGGAGACAGUGAAUGUAUUAGGUUCAACAUGACCACCUUGUGUUUUAUUUGUGUUUGCCAACAGGAUGCCUUAUUGGUUUGAGAAAAAGAUUUACUAGUGUCCUUCUAAAUGAUCUCUUUUUUAGGGUUUCUAAAGAAGUUGUUAAUCAUCAUACUUUUGUUUGUUUUACCACCAUUUAGUGCCUUAAGUCCUAUCAAGAAAGCAGUGUUACUGCUCAAUCCCCAAAUAAGAUGUGGAUAUUGCCAUGGUCUUGAUUUUGAGUUAACAAGCCAACUUCUUAUACUUAAAACCUAGGUAAACUGGCAAAGAAUUAAAGGUAACUUGUGGCUUGAUUUGAGAAUAAAAUGUAGCAUUGGGUGAAAAAUGAGUAUUUGAGUUAAGUUUUCAUAUUUAUUUCUAAUGAUUGUCUUACUUAAAGCAAUAAUCCUUACUCCAACAAUCCUUGUACCUGCCACUAGACAAGAUAAUGGAAGUUUCUCUCAAGGGUUAAAUGUUCCAUUUCUGAAAGGUUUUUUUAAGAUUUGUUUAGACAGCUUAUUUUGAAAACAAAAGUAACCUGGUAGAUUGAUUUUAGCUAACACAAAUGAGAGAAUAGCAGCAGUGAGAGAGCAUCAUUAAAUCAGUUUUGCCAAGUGGAGAAAAGUGGGAAGCAGCCAUAUUUCUUUCUGAUACUGACUCUGGACAGAAUUGGUUUCUUUCUAAAGUGCAGAGUAGGUAACUACACCUCUUAAUGUAGUGUUGUAAGUACAAAUCUUUAUACUACUCUCCCAGCUUACUUUCCUGAAUCAUUGAGGGUUUAAACAAUAAAAACCAUCUUGCAUUUAGGUAACUCUUGAAGUACAUGUUUGAAAUCACUAGCCUCAUUUCCUUUAUAAUGAGACCCAUGAAAACUGUCUUACGUUUCCUGGAGAAAAUAACCCAUUUCCUUUUCAACUGCAGUCAACCUCAAACUGUUUACGGUUGUAUUCAUUUCAGUAAAACAAAUGUUUUCAUAAUAUCAGGCCAAGUCUGUGAUAUUGCCUGGAGGAGACCCUACUGUUUUGCACCAUCUCUUAUUUGAUACAUAGAACAUAAGGCAAAGAUACCAAAUUUGGGCCUUAGUGAAAAGUGGGACUCUAAUUAUGACAUCCAUAAAUGAGUCCUUUCUUGGUAUGAAGUUGAAUAAACACCUAGCUGGUCACCAUUCCCAUACUUUGUUAGGGGGUUUGAAAUUUAUAAUAUAGAAAAAAGCUUAGAUUGUAGAAUUAAAGAGUUAAAGCACAUGUUGCGAGGAAAACAUUUUAAAGAAAGAUUGAAUUUUCCUACCUAUAGCUAUGUGGAAAUAAUCUAAUAUAAAAAAUCAUUUUGUUUUGGUGUUUGUUUCUAGUUCAGAUUAGUGGUUGGAGAAGGGACCUCCUUGUUCCCAUCUUCAUGAUACCCAAUUUCCACUUAUUUGAUCCUCUAAUGUAAAGGCAUUAAUUUAUAAAGAUCUAUGAAUUAUAUCAUAAGCCAACAAUAGAAAAACACCCAUUUUCCUAUUACACUAUCAAAUAGAAAAUGUUGGUAAGAUGAAAGAAAUCUUUAUUUAAAAUGGCUUAGAAAAUGUUCAGAUUAUCUUUUGUGAAUUCUAAAUUUCUAAAAUUUAAAAUUAUAGAUGACUCAUACAUUAUUGCUGUUUUCAAAACUUUCCUCACAUCUUUUAAAGUUUCACUUUGUUUUUAAUAUAUGUAUUUAUUUUUAUUAAAGCAACUAUUUCCCAGCUUAUGACUUUGGAGAUAUACAUACCAUAAAACCAGUAUAGCAGUGGGGAGAUUGAAUCAGCUUAGGGUCCCAAAAGUUGCUUCAGAUUUGCAAGUUAUGAAUUUUAUUGUAUUUGUAGAAUACAUUUUUUGUUUUAUACUGUAGUUCCAUCUGUUUCUCAAAAAUGUUUUUUAAAUAGAGUGAAAUAUCCCAGGAUAAUUCCUUCUGUGUCAGUUGCACUUGACACAUAACUGCACAAAUGAACAAUGUACACUAUUAGUGGUGCAUUAACUUACAUGUACAUCUGGCAUAUGUGUUCACAAAUGCAUGUUUUUGCAAAUCACCUUUAUUUAUAAGUGACUAUAAUUGAAGUUUAGGAUACAAAGAAACCUGCAUUUGUAGUCCAGAGUUUUAAGUGGUCCAUAAUACAAUGUAUGGAAAUGUGAAAGACAAUUUUGUAUAUUCGUUUGUUACUAACUCAGAUCAUUAAAAUGAAAACAAUUUUUUAAACAACAAAA